AUGACAUCACAUUGGGAUUGUUUACCAGUAAAGUUGUCUGAAAGUACAUUAGAAGCAAUCAGUGCCCUUGGAUUUGAAGAAUGUAUGCCUGUUCAGCAAUCUGUCAUUCCUCUUCUGCUCAAUUCAAAGGAUGUAGCAGCUGAAGCUGUUACAGGAUCUGGGAAAACUUUAGCAUUUGUUGUUCCAAUGUUAGAAAUACUUUUGAAGAGGAAUCGUCCAUGGCAAACAUAUGAAAUUGGUGCCUUAAUAUUGUCGCCAACUUGUGAAUUAGCAGUGCAAAUAUAUGAAAUAGUUUUACAUUUCAUUAAAUUUAUCAAUAUGAAAAGCAAAGAGGAUUCAAACUUUUCUACGCUUGUUUUCACUGGUGGUGGACGUUCCAGUGGGCCGACUACAAAACUUCAAGAUUUCGGUGCAUUUAAAGAAAAAGGCUCCACUGUACUCGUCGCUACUCCUGGACGUCUGACUGAUUUGAUUCUGGCUGGCCCUGUUGUUGAUUUUGGAUUGGGAAAUAUGGUUAAUCCUAUUAUUCGUGGACUUCGUAGUAUGGAAGUUUUAAUACUUGAUGAGGCUGAUCGUCUUUUGGAAAUGGGAUUCGAUUCACAGAUAAAUACCAUUUUAUCUUUCUUGCCUAAACAACGGCGAACAGGUUUGUUUUCUGCUACACAAACAACUCGAGUUGAAGAUCUUGUUCGAGCUGGACUUCGUAAUCCAGUUCGUGUGACUGUUAGUCAACAGACAGCGAAAGAGUCUGACUGUCUUGGCGAUAAGCCCUUGCAACAACGUACCCCAUCUGCACUACAAAAUUAUUAUGCGAUUGUUGAACCGGAUGAGAAGAUAUCAUUGAUUGUACGAUUUAUAUUAGCGCAUAGAAAAGCGAAAAUUUUAAUAUUUGUCGCUACCUGUGCUUGCGUUGACUAUUUCUAUUGCCUACUCAAAGGUUUAUUACCAUUGAAACAAUCAAAGCGUAUUGAAAAAUUACACGGAAAAUUGAAUAAAAAGCGUUUUAAUGUCUUUACAAAAUUUAAGGAGACAUCAACUGGAAUUUUAUUGUGUACUGACGUUAUGGCACGUGGUAUAGAUGUACCGCAUAUUGAUUGGGUUAUCCAAUGUGAUCCACCGACCAGUGCUAAUGCAUUUGUGCAUCGUUGCGGUCGAACUGCCAGAUGUGGAAUUCAAGGCAGUGCAUUACUGUUCAUUACUUCUCAAGAGGAUGCAUAUAUCAAUUUCUUGAGUAUUAAUCAGCAAGUUAACUUGAAGCAAAUGGAACAGUCAAUCACUAAACGGAUUCGAAAUCUUUGCAAAAAUGACAAGUUGCUCCAUGAGAAAGCUAUACGCGCAUUUGUAUCGUAUGUCCAGUUUUAUCGAAAGCAUGAGUGUAAUUUACUACUUAAUUACAAAAAAUUGGAUUUCGGUCGACUAGCCAAUGGUUUCGGAUUGUUACAACUUCCAGCUAUGCCAGAAUUACGAACCGGUAAUACAAGUGGAUUCAAUCCUUCGAAUGUUGACAUAUCUAAGUUAACAUAUCGCGAUAAAAGUGUUGCUAAGCAACGUGAAUUAAUGCAAUCCACUGAAACACCUAAACAAAGUAAACCUAAAUGGGUGAUUAAGAAAGAUAAAAACAAGGCAUGGAUUGCUAAAAAGAAGAAGGCACGUAAACUUAAAUCACUCAAAAAACAAAACCUUCUGACCAAUGAUAAACUUAUAAAAAUUGAUGAAACUAUUGUAUGCAAAGAAGAGAAUAAUUCAAAAGCGAUUGAUGAGUUACUAGACGAUUAUAGACUAUUAAAAAGGCCUAUAAAGGCAAGAUAA